AUGGUGCUUACCGAGCCCCUCACGGGGCUCAUCUCUUCACCAACCAUCUACCUUGACGAUAAGGGCGAUCUAAGGCUGCAUGUCGGCAGCGAGAUCGACGAGAGCCCUCAAGAUUUUGUUGUAUGCUCAAGGGCGCUCGGUCGGAGUUCCCCGGUUUUGAAGACAAUGUUAUUCGGUGGAUUCAUGGAGUCGCGCCCUGAAGAGAAUGGUGGAGAAUGGCGCGUUGAGCUUCCCGAAGAUGCGACGGAAGCCAUGGAAAUUGUUCUGAACAUCGUCCAUGGCCGAUUUAACCUGGUUCCUGAGAAGCUUACCCUAAUGCGACUCUACGACGUCCUGACCAUCACCGAGAAGUACGACAUGACCGUGAUCACGCGACCAUGGGCACGUUCUUGGAUGCAGGGUGUAAAGCACCAGAAAGAUAAUGCGCACCUGCUGUGUGUUGCAUGGGAACUCGGCGACAUGGAGACCUUCGAGGAGAUGUACAAGAAGAUCACCUUUGAGUCUAUCGUUGACUUGAAGGGUCGGUUGGUCUUCGGACACUCUGGCCGGAUUUGGAAGCAAGGAACGGAAGGCUACAACUUUCCUCUCGAGAGGAUCGUGUAUCUCAGGCCUCCUGAAGUCUUUGAAAACAUCAUCAAGCACCGCCAGGCCUUGAUUUCCGCCAACCUCGAACCGUUCGUCAUCUUGUACAGAUGCCUCAAGGAAGGCUGCCGAUACAUGAAGGGGUACUAUCACAGUUCACCGGACGCCGAAGAGUGCAAUAGCAUGCUUCUGGGUUCUCUGGUGAGAUGUCUCGCAAAGGGCAAGGUAGACAUCACCGUGCCAGGCCCUUGCGAGGCCUACAGGGGGAAUAUUGAAGCGCUGGAGCGGGCAACGAGCACUGUCAAGCUGUUGACAGUCCACCGCCCCUCUCCGGCAAAUCAGUGUCUGAAGCGCAUAGAAGAGGAGUUGGCAAAGGGCGCGACGGCGGCGGCUAUUGCGAAAACAGAGUUGGUGGUUCUUCAGCCGGAGCAACGAGAAUACCUUCAAAAGCAAGCUUGCAAAACUGGAGUUGUCAUGUCCGGGUAG